AACAAUCCCAUUCUAGCAUUACCUGAAUAAUUCAGUUGUCGGCUGGCAAUAAAUGGAAUAACAAUCUGUGCUACCGACAGGAUGAUAAUCUAAAUGUGAAGCUCUUCACAACAAACCCGGAAUAGUUUGUGUUCAUUAAAUAUGAAACAGCAGUCUUGUCAUUUUGUCAUAAGGAAACGCGGUAUCGAGUGAAAUUAAUUAAUAUGUUCCAAUUGUUGAUGUCUGCGAUUAGGAUAUACAUGUAGAUUAAGCUAGAUACACUUAGAAGAUAUCGAAACUUAAUAAAAUGGCAUCUGCGAAGGUUGCCAAAGUAAAGAAACAAUCCAUCCCAGGAUCAAAGAAAGAUGGGGACUUAGCAGACGAGAGUUCAAGAAGCUUGUCGGAUUAUGAAAUUCUCUCUACCAUUGGUACGGGCACGUUUGGCAGGGUGGUGCUGGUCCGGAACAACGACACUCGCAACUACUUCGCUCUCAAGGUCAUGGCCAUCACAGAGGUCAUUCGGUUGAAGCAGAUCGAACAUGUGAAGAACGAGAAAGAAAUCCUUGCAUCCAUAUCACAUCCUUUCAUUGUUAACAUGUACUGGGCCAAUCAUGACAACACAUUCCUCUACAUGUUGAUGGAGUAUGUUCCUGGUGGAGAGGUAUUCUCGUAUCUCCGUAACUACGGACGAUUCUCCAACUCCAUGGCCAACUUCUACGCCAGCGAGAUCGUAUCGGCUUUGGAAUACCUCCACUCACGCUCAAUAGUGUAUCGAGACUUGAAACCAGAAAACUUGUUGUUGGAUCGGGAUGGACAUUUGAAAAUCACUGAUUUUGGAUUUUCCAAGAAGUUGUUAGACAGGACUUGGACAUUGUGUGGCACGCCAGAAUACCUCGCACCAGAGAUUAUUCAGAGCAAGGGCCACAGCAAGGCGGUAGACUGGUGGUCAUUGGGAAUACUCAUCUAUGAAAUGAUCGUGGGGUUUCCUCCAUUCUUUGAUGAUCAACCGUUUGGCAUUUACGAAAAGAUUCUGGCAGGGAAAAUUGACUGGCCGAGACACAUAGACCCAGUGGCAAAAGAUCUCAUCAAGAAGUUGUUGGUUCCAGACAGAACAAAACGCCUCGGAAACAUGAAGAAUGGAGCAGAUGAUGUCAAGAAACACAAGUGGUUCAAGGCAGUUGAUUGGGACGAUGUCCUAGCUAGAAAACUCUCUCCUCCCAUAAUUCCAGAUGUCAUGUACGCUGGCGACAUUUCUAACUAUAGCACUUCAGUGGCACCACCCAUAAUUCCAAAGGUGACGCACAACGGAGAUACCAAAAACUUCGACACCUACUCAGAGGAUGAUUGGCAGAAGACGGCCCCAGCUGCUGAGAAAGACGUGGAACCAUUCCUGGACUUCUGAACACAUUGCCAUAGCAACGGUCUCCAUAGGAACUUCCUGUUGUCGUUUAUCGUGUGUAUAGAUACAGUAUAACCUCUACAUGAGGUUUAAUGAUGAACAUGCUUGAGUUAUCAAAGUUAUUGAUAUGGAAGUAGACUUCUUAUUUCCAUACUGUGAAUUGAUGAAUGUUUUCCAAGAAACAAUAUGUUCAUCAAAGUAUUAUUUAAAAAAAAAUAAUUAUGAUACAUCAGUACUUUACUACCGUAAUUACUUUUUAAGUUUGUAGACAGUCUUAGUUUUUGAACCUCUUUUGUAGUCAAAAUACUUACAAAAAUAGUGUUUUGCUCCGCAGAUUUUCUCCUAUAAUAGACAUUCUAUAUUUUUGGACAGUUGCAUAAUAUCAGAAUUCUAUCAUUUUGCGUUAAUCCAACCUGGUGACAGUAAUUAAACAAACUGGCAAAUUAAUGAGAGGAGUCAGUAGAUUCAUUUUCAUAAAUGAGCACAAGUACCUGUCACAAUUUUUCUCUAAUUGUUUCAUACCAUUUUCAAGUGUUUAAGGUGAUUGAUAAAAAAGAAAUCACCGGUAUGUGAAAUAAUGUGUGAAAAUGUUUUACAUGUGAAUAAUCUUAACAAUGCUUAAAUAGAUGAUAUUAUGUUUAUAUUUGAUUGUAAUAUUUAGUAACAACAUGUCUAUGUGUAUGAUGUAGUGCUUUUUCAAAAACCAUGUGAGGUUUUGAAAAUAUCCUUUGGUUUUCUCCCUACGCCAAAGGAAUUUGAGGUGCGCUUUGAGACACUAGGGCUUAAUGAAGUUGUGUCCAGUAUGGUCUCAGAUAGGGCUUAAUGAAGGUGUGUCCAGUAUGGUCUCACUUUGAGAGGCUAGGGUUUAAUGAAGUUGUGUCCAGUAUGGUCUCAGAUAGGCCUUUCACAGUCUGCACAGACUUAUCAGGAACAACAUUUUCUGCUUCAAUGGAAUAAUUGUUUUAAAUUGUGCAAGCUGCAGAGGCUAAUCUGGGAGGAUACUUCAUACACAGUCAUUCAGCCCGGAGUGUGGCCCAUCCGGAGUGUGGCCCAUCCGGAGUGUGGCCCAUCCGGAGUGUGGCCCAUCCGGAGUGUGGCCCAUCCGAAGUGUGGCCCAUCCGGAGUGUGGCCCAUUUUAUGGAUGUUUAUUUUGGGACCUGUUACCAGAAUAUAGAAUUAAAGGGGUAUGUUAAUGUGUGGAAUUGAAAUAACAACAAAGAAUAAUACUGCAAAGCCAUUUGGUUGAUGAAUACUCAUUUGUUGAAAUUGAUAACAUGGAUACACAUUUGAAAGAAUUUGGAAUGUUUGUAAUGUGUCAUACACUGUCAUACAUUUUUUAGUUAUCAUUAAGAAAGGAUAUUGAUGAAUGAUUUAAAAUUAUUUAAAAAGAACACACACACUAAAUAUGUUAAUCACGACGAUUGUUUUUUCAGAUCUUUAGAAAAAGAUUUGUCAUUAAUUCUUGUUUCAACUGAAGAUGCAUUAAAACACAAAUCUAAAAGUAAAUCCCUGUAAUAUCUCAAAUAUGUAACAUACAUUUUACGUAUGUGUCAGCUUAAAAACAGUGUAAUCUAUUCAAAUAUAGGUAUUUAGAAGGUAAUAUCCAGCAAUAUCCACAGCAAUAUUCAUCUUGUUUAUUUUGUUAUAUUCAGGUGUGAUUUUUCCUACUUUCAGCUGAUUUUAUCCCUUUAUAUUUAUUUAUUUAUUUAUCUUCAGUUCUAUGGAGACAGAAGUAUUUAUUAAUUUUUAAAUUCAUAUUUGAUAGUUUAGUAUUUAUACUAUAGCUAGUUAAAUUUACAGUUGUACAUGUAACUGACAUGUUUAUAUACAUAAAUGGUAAUGAUACUUGACAUAACCAUACUCUGCAUUGUGGACUUCGCAAAUAAAAUAUUUAGACAUGUUAACCUUGUUUCAAUCAACACGUCUAUUUUUUUCUGCUGAGAAUUUAAGCUUAUUAAGACCUGUAUUAUAUUUUGAAUGACAUGACCUCCGGUAUGAUGUGUUUAUAUACAUUUUAGUGUGAUGAACUUUUCUGGUUCAAUGUCUUAUUUGAGCUUGAUUUGGGCAUUGUUUGCUUGGCUACUUAAAAGUACCCCUGGCAGGUACUAUUAAGUAUACUUGAAUGUACCCAUGGGUAUGGAAAAUGUACUAAAAACCCAGGAAUACCGGUACUAACACUGAAUUGGUCAUUGUUUGCUUUUUUUAUGCCCCCCCUUCGAAGAAGAGGGGGUAUAUUGCUUUGCUCAUUUCGGUCUGUCGGUCCGUCUACCAGGUGGUUGUCAGACGAUAACUCAAGAACGCUUAGGCCUAGGAUCAUGAAACUUCAUAGGUACAUUGAUCAUGACUCACAGAUGACCCCUAUUGAUUUUGAGGUCACUAGGUCAAAGGUCAAGGUCACUGUGACCCGAAAUAGUAAAAUGGUUUCCGGAUGAUUAUUCAAGAACGCUUAUGCCUAGGAUCAUGAAACUUCAUAGGUAGAUUGAUCAUGACUAGCAGAUGACCCCUAUUGAUUUUCAGGUCACUAGGUCAAAGGUCAAGGUGACCCAAAAUAGUAAAAUGGUUUCCGGAUGAUAAUUCAAGAACCCUUAUGCCUAGGAUCAUGAAACUUGAUAGGUACAUUGAUCAUGACUGGCAGAAGACCCCUAUUGAUUUUCAGGUCACUAGGUCAAAGGUCACAGUAACCGGAAAUAGUAAAAUGGUUUCCUGAUGAUAACUCAGGAAAGCUUAUGGCUAGGAUCAUGAAACUUCAUAGGUACAUUGAUCAUGACUCGCAGAUGACCCCUAUUGAUUUUCAGGUCACUAGGUCAAAGGUCAAGGUCACAGUGACAAAAAACAUAUUUACAAAAUGGCUGUCACUACAACUUAAAGCCCAUAUGGGGGGGCAUGCAUGUUUUACAAACAGCCCUUGUUUCUCAAAUUAAUUAUAUUCAUAUUUAUGUCAAUAUUUUGUAAAAUAUCAAAACUUCUUCUCGAAAAAGAAUGUUGAGGCAGGUUUUGUUCCAAGAGAAAAUGUUUUGUAUUAUGUAGCCCAUUUUUACAAUGUCCUAUUUAGGGCGGAAAUAAAACUCCGGUACAGUCUAAAUUGGCCAGGUAUGUUUUAGUAUAUUUUCCAUACCUGCAGGGUACAUAUAAGUAUACUCAAGAACACACGGUCGGGAUACAUUUAAGAAGUACCAGAGCCAAAAAUGACCAAUCGAGCCUUCUUUGAUAUAUAAUGCAGCAGCAUUCUGGACAAAUCAGGCAUAAUGUUUGUGCAUAAAGUGUCGUCCCAGAUUAGCUAGGGCAGUCAGCACUUUACUUAAUGUUUGUGCAUAAAGUGUCGUCCCAGAUUAGCUAUGGCAGUAUGCACUUCACUUAAUGUUUGUGCAUAAAGUGUCGUCCCAGAUUAGCUAGGGCAGUCAGCACUUCACUUAAUGUUUGUGCAUAAAGUGUCGUCCCAGAUUAGCUAGGGCAGUCAGCACUUCACUUAAUGUUUGUGCAUAAAGUGUCGUCCCAGAUUAGCUAGGGCAGUCAGCACUUCACUUUACAUUGAUUUAAAUUGUAGAUCUGAUUGUUUAAUGAUAUUUCCAAUUGUGGUCUUAUUUUUCUCGGAUAUCUUUACUUGAAGGGCUUAUUUCAUCCCUUGUUAUGUAUUAAACAGGGUCAUGUUUGUCCGUCCACAAAAGAGCUACAUAUUAUUUGCUCAGUAUAUUUUGGGUAUUAUUAAUAAUGAUUUUACAGAUCUGUUUUACAUAUAUGAAACAUAUUCAAGAAUAUAUCUAUAUUUUUAUGGUUAUAACACUUUAUACAUGUACAUGUAUUCAAACUAUAAACAGUUUGUUACAAGUGUUUAUUUUAGUAUUUAUUAAUUGUGAAUUCCAGUAUUAAAUAAACAGUAAGUCCCAUUAUAACUUAUUACACUGAAUGGAUGGUGUAUGUUUUUGUAUCCGUUUUUGUGAUCGGGGAUGUCAUAUGACACCUUCAUUUAAAUUCACGUGCUACACCUGCAUUUACAUAAGAACAGUUGUUUUAUUAAAAUCUUGAGUAUUUAUAAAUGUAUUGUUUUGAAAUUGUGUAUGUUGGUAUAUGCAAACCUUGUUUUGGAUUACACAACUAAUAAAGUGAAAAUCAUUUACGUGGAAAAGUUAGUUUUGUGGCGUUAUUUAAGAUCUAGCACAAUGUGAUGCAUUUUUUUGCCAUUGAAAGAAAUUAACUCCAGUAAAUCAAACUUUAAAUUUCAUUGUCAUGAAAGACUUUUUAUGAAAAAACUUCAAAUCUAUGAUUACCAGUAAUUUUUCUAAAAUAGCUUUCUUAUAAAAUGUUCAUGUAUUACAUAUCUUGCAUUUUAGUAAUACAUUUUAGUAAUACAUUCGUUUUAAUGAAAUAUGGUUAAAUAUACUAACACUUUCUUUGUGAUCAUCUUGUAUACAUUUUUUGUGCUGUAUCUUUCAUCAUUGAAAAAAUUACCUCUACAUAAUUGUUUAAAUCUUUUUAGUGUUAAAUUUUGAUCUUCUUAUUGGACAGCUGAACUUUAGCAUUUAUGUAUUUGUAUAUUCAUGUGUGGUCAGUAUAAUUUGUUCAGCAUAGGGUACUAAAAUACAUUUAAAGUGUAAGUGCAUUUAUUGGUAGCGCAAUGUCGGGUAAUUCAGACAGUCGUCUAAUUUCGACACUUUUCACAAUAUUUAUCAGACCUGUCUUAAAUCAUCAUCAUCCCGUAUGAUUUCGUUGUAAAAUGUGACGUAGUUGGUGUUGUGACGUCACCAGAUAACAUCUCUCUAUCAAACGUCUCGCUGAUUGCAUGUAAGUGAGUCAUUUAAAAUACGUACAUUGUAUUACUUAGAGAAUUUUUAUAGCGUUAUGAGCUUCGCUAAGGGAGAUUACAUAAUUGUCAAUUACGUCCCUUCAGGAUUUCGCUGUAUUUCUGGCAUUUGUACAAGUUCUAGUAUAAAAUUUGUUUCACUUGACCUUGUAUUUGUGUUGGAAUAGUGCCAAGCGUUUGUUAAACUAUGAUUUGUGGGGUGUCGAAAUUAUCCUCCGAUAUUAUACGAUGGUGGGUAAUUUCGACACUCCAAAUGUUUUCAAGCAUUCCCAGCGCAUAUGGAAAGAUAGAUUUGUUAAAUAGAAUUACUCUUUAAAUGGUUGACGCAGCUUAUUGAAUAUUAUAUUUAGCUCUCUCUAUAUCUUGUCAAGCAGAUUACAUAAAAUUAGAGCUUUAUAAAGAUUGUGAAGGUAAUUAAUUAAUGAAAAUGUAUUUAUUUUUUUUACUUAAUUAUAUCUUUAAUUGGAUCAACUGUGAUCACCGCGGAUGCUGCGCAACCACCGUAAACACCUGUCUGCGAGGGUCAUUCACGCGUUUUAAAUGUACACGUAGAAAAGAAAAUCAUAAACAUGUGUACUACAUGUAGAUAUUAUAUGUAUGUGCACACGUAUGCACUUAAAUUUGUUCAGUACAUAACGUCGGAAACGUGAAUAAAGCUUUUAGAUGAUCAAUACUAUUAACUCUUAAUCGCAAUACCAAAUAUUUCGCGAGAUAUUUUAACUUUAGUUGAAAUUCACAACAUGACAUUCUUGAGCACUCUUAUCGUCUAUAUUACCCUCACAUAAUUUGCUUUAAAAACGGAAAUCGGGCGUAUAUGGGAUUAUCGAGUAUAAAUGGAUAAAGAUGGGAGAAGUUGCAGGUAUUCGAUAGAUACAGUUGACACAUAUGUAUUGGAGGCGUUUGAUUGUCGCCAAUAUAUUUUUAAUACUUAUCACAUCCUUUCGACCAGCAUGUACAUAAAAAUAGAAUUUAUUUAUUCAUUAUCACUUUUAAAUGAAAGGGAUCAAUUCAAUACGUUUAUGUUCAAUUAUAUGUAGCGAACACGAUGAACACCGCGGUAGAUAUUAUGGGUCCGCGGUGAUUCGCGGUGUUCGUCUAUGGCAAACGGCCCCCGCGACAUUUGAUCUGAAUACCCAUCGCGGGGUUCAUAUUGGUAAGCUAACAGUGAGAUGAACAUUGCGGCGAGUGGCGUUUGUUUAAGUACACGGUGUUUGUACUGUAUAUUGAGUCAAGUGGAAGCACAAUACGAACUCUAAAUACAAUUUAUUUAUAAUUUUCUGAUUUGAAAAUUAACACUAGUUUAGUAUAAUCCUAUUUAUUUAAGCUCCACUGCAUGGAAAGCCUACGACUUAUUGAAACACUCUCUCCUGAUCGCUAGGCGGACACCACAUCCACUAAACCACCACAACCUUAUUAACAAUCGAAUGGUCAUUGUCGGCUCGGGUACUACUUACAUGUACCCCGGGUACGCUUAAAGGUUACAAUACACUAAAUGAUCGCAUCAUGAAGGGCUGUACUCUCUAAAAAAAUAUCAUAGUUGACAGGAAGGCAUGUUUUACACGUUUUACCAUUAUUCGGGUGUUAUCUUGCGGAGAUAAUGGUAGGGAAUGAAUAGGUGUUCACUACUGAAUCCCUGAAAUAUGAUACACGUGAAGACUAUAGUGAACCAUUGCACUAGAAAAGGUUACAUUCCACUAAGAAACGGCCGAAAAAAAAAAGUUGCAAAAACAGUCGAUUUUGAUUUGUGUCAAGUUCUUUCUUGCAUUGUACAUGACAUAUCCUUUUUAUUGCAUAAAUCGAUUCCGCUUAGAAUGGCCUUUAAGAAAAGGUAUGGUUAUGGGGGUCUCUAUGUGCAAAAUGUUGCAUUUAUUUUCGCUCAAAGUUGUCGCUUUUACAUUGAAUUAUAUAGGGAAACUAUUUAGUGUAUUAUGACCUAAACGCAAAACCAGGUCAAGUCUCAAAGGAGCUGUAUUUACAGAAAAUCAUCAUUCUUUUAGUGGGAUAUGACGCGUUUUGGCGAAUUUCACGGAAUAAAUGAGUUUGUUUCACGAAUUUAAGGAGCAUCGUGAGUUUUUAAGAAGAAAAUACGUUUUCAGAGGAAAAUAAGAAAAAAAAACGUACAAAAACUCGUCUUGAGCAUCUCAAAUCGCAACAAUUUGUGCUGAAAGAGCUCAUGAACACGUUUUAAUAGUUGUUUACUUCUUUUUCUACAUAGCUUGUAACAAUAUUCCAGUAUUUUGACCGAUUGUAAUUACUUAGGGUAAUCGCUUAACGCCUGAACGCCCGUUAUAAAUCAAAGCUCCGAACGCGAAAGCCACAUGGCUUAUCAGGCGUUAUAAUAAAAUGCAUUUUCAAGCAUUUCUACGUGAAAGAUCGGUCUGAAAAUUGGCAUGCACAUAGAAAAUAGGUUUAUACGUAUCGAGAAGUUCUUAUUUUUCGCGAUGUUAACAGUAAACGUUGUCUUAUAGGUUACAAUACACUAAAUGAUCGCUUCAUGAAGGGCUGUACUCUCUAAAAAAAUAUCAUAGUUGACAGGAAGGCAUGUUUUACACCUUUUACCAUUAUUCGGGUGUUAUCUUGCGGAGAUAAUGGUAGGGAAUGAAUAGGUGUUCACUACUGAAUCCCUGAAAUAUGAUACACGUGAAGACUAUAGUGAACCAUUGCACUAGAAAAGGUUACAUUCCACUAAGAAACGGCCGAAAAAAAAAAUUGCAAAAACAGUCGAUUUUGAUUUGUGUCAAGUUCUUUCUUGCAUUGUACAUGACAUAUCCUUUUUAUUGCAUAAAUCGAUUCCGCUUAGAAUGGCCUUUAAGAAAAGGUAUGGUUAUGGGGGUCUCUAUGUGCAAAAUGUUGCAUUUAUUUUCGCUCAAAGUUGUCGCUUUUACAUUGAAUUAUAUAGGGAAACUAUUUAGUGUAUUAUGACCUUAAGUAUACUUACUAUACCACGGGUACGGUAAAUAUACUAAAACCUACCCGGUAAUUUUUACGCUAAAUCGGUCGUCGUCGGCUAUUUUUUUAAGAUUAAUUAUGUUUAUAUUAAUGUCAAUUUUCUGUUAAAUUGCCUCUAUAUUAUCGGAACCCAAACUCAAAAAGCAUGUUGAUUCAGUUUAUAAAAACAAAUAAUAGAAGUUUGUUUCGUAAUAACGGUAAUCGGUAGCGCGUUUUACGACAUCUGAUUUGGGGCGGGAAUAAAACUCGGGUACAGUCUAUUUCGACCGGGUACGUUUUAGUAUAUUUACCGUACCCGGGGUACAUGUUAGUAUACUUCAAUGUUCCCGGGGUAAAUGUUAGCAGUACCCGAGCCGACAAUGACCAAUCGAGCCUAAGUAACACUAGACAUUAAAGAGAUCGUGAAAUUCUAUUAAUUGAGAGAUACACUGCAAAUAACUGAUUAAAACAGUUGUUGAAAAUUAAUACAAAGACAAGUGUCGAAAUUAGCCGCUAAUUGUCGAAAUUAGCCGCUUACUGUCGAAAUUACACUCCGCUGCAUUUAGUUAAAUCGCUCGAAGUUUUGAGUUAUGCCGGCAACGAUAAUAACGUUCGUUAGCAAAUAUCAACAAGUCAAAACGGUGUUUUUCGUUAAGUUUGGGCACUUGGAGGGUAAUUUCGACACAUCAGGACUAAAUCAAAUUUUACUCUUAGGGUGUCGAAAUUACCCGACUUAGCUCUACAGAAUAGUAUUCUGUGUAUUUUUGAACUUGAACACAUGGUAGCAGGAUAUAUACAAGUUAUUGUAUUUUAUUUCCAGAUUUGUUCACAUGGUAUUUAACAGUGUAUUAAUGUCUGAAUAUUUGUGUUUGAUGAGAAUGAGAUUUUCAUUGCAUGUCUUCAAAUUCUUAAUUAUGGAAUUUGACACACGUUGGGGUGAGGUAUGCAUUUUACAGAUUACACAAACAAGAAAUACACUUGUUUUGUAUAUAUUGAGGUUAUGAAUAAAAACCAUAGUGUUGCUGCGUUAGUAGAUACAUGUUGUAUUUCAAAUAUUUUGAACAAUUUUUAUAUUGAAUCUGAUCGGUAAAUGGCAUUUUUAAAGGAAUUAUUUUUAAUAACAAUCAAUUUAACAUAAGACACAAGUAACCAUAAGUAUGUCAAGAAGUAGAGCUUGUUCAUAACCAUGGAUAACAAACAGAAUUGCUUUUAUUAAAAUAUUGUUUAGAAACUGCUAUUAAUAAAAAUAUGUUGUGUUUUUUUGUAGGUUUUUAUGAUAUAGUGAAGUCAGAUCAUGUUAGUUAUUGAAGAAACCCGUAGAUGUUUGUGUGACCCGAUACAUAUUAUGUCUCAUUAAGUCUUGUAUGUUUUUAUUAUUUACUGUUUUUCCUCAUUGUGUUUGUUAAAGAAUGAAUACUGUUAUCGAGUGUCUGUAUUGUGUAUAUUUUAUUAUUUUUGUUGGAUUGCGAAACAAUAAAUCCAAAUAAAUUGU